AGAGAAUUGGUUCAAAUGUUUUUAGUUUAUUCAUGUAAGAAGUGAAUAUUAGGAAACCCAGUAUUCUUUGGGUUUUGGACCAUGAAAGGUUAGUGUAGUAAAUCAUCAGGUUCAUUCUCUGACUUGUUUUAUUUAAAAAUUUGUUUAUUUCUUUGAAAAAAGUUGCAUUCUUUCUGCAGCCAGAAAGAAAAUAAUUAAAUUUAUUGUUUUUGUGUUGGACAUGCUGACAUUAAGACCCAGCCUGGUGAGAUUCUGGCCUAAACCUUUUCACAGACCAAUCAGACCUGCACAUAAACAUUAAAAAAAUCAGACCAAGUCUCCACCUUACAUUGUUCAGAACUGAAACUACAGUAUUUGUUUUUGGGAGCUGCCAUGUUGUGUUUUAGGAGCAGGACUUGGGGAUUUAGGACUGUCCUGUUGAAAAGUCCUGCCUACACACCCUGCUAGCUGUUUAACAGGCUGUCAAUCACAGGUAAAUGUGACAUUUUUCUUUAAGCCACAAAUAAGAUGUUAAAACUAAACAUAAAUAUUUUUAAGACGCUCAUUUGAACUGACAGGAUAAGUAAGAUUGAAACGAAUCAACAAAAAUCAAUGUUUGAAAAGGAUUUUCUUUAGUCCAGAAAGUUUCCUAUUUAAGGCCAAAAAAUGUAAACAACUUAAAAUUGCCAUAAUCUGUAUUUAUUUUCCUUAGUUUUCUAGUGUUUUCUGUGUUCCCCUGUGUAUCUUUCUCCUGCUGCCAUUCCUCUAACCCCGCCCGUGCUCACCUGUUUCCUCAUGUGUCUCCACAGGUGUUUCUGAUUGUCUCUUAAUUUGUUUGCCUUUAUAUUCUGUGUCCUGUCUUCAUUGUUUAUCCAUUCAUUGUGCUGCAUCACCUCAGACUGUGUGGUAUCUCUGUGGUUUCCCUGAGAUCUCUGUGUCAUGUAGCUCCUCGGCAUACAGGUUUUUCAGUAACCUGAGUGGACAAGGAAGACAAAGUUUCAGGAGACAGAUGAAACUAACCCCAAACUGGAGAGGAGAAAAGAAAGAAAAGAAAGCAGAAAGAUGUUGACUCUUGCUUACUGAAGAUAAGAAGCUGAGCUUUUCUAAGUGCUGCUUCUGUUGGCCCAUUAUGCAGGAGCUUUGUUUGUACUUUGUUAAACAGAAGGAAAUCAGCAGAGAACCAAACAAACUGCAGAAAAUCUUGAAAAAGGCCAUCUGGACAUGACGAUACUUGACGAUUCGAGAGAGACAGGAAAAAGCAAAGUCUCAUGAGAAGCCAAGCCUGAAAGGAAAGAGGCUAGUCCAUAGGAUUCACGCUGCUGCUGUUCAACAAGAACAAGAACUCAUCGCAAUGUUCAUAAACUUCCGGCGGAUCCGUAAGUGUCAGUGUGUGCAGCUGCUGACCACAGGCCUGGUGCUCUGUGUGCUGAUGGUCUGCUGGGAGGACCUGGACCAUCACGUGGUCAGCCACGUCAGAUCUUGCGCUUAUCGUUACCUGGUCAACAGAUAUGAUUUCCUCAACAGGUCCCUUAUCAUUUCCUCCAACCGCCGUAACAGAAAGGAUGGCCCCAUCACUGUAGGUGGUGGUGCAAGGAGUUAUCCUUACAUCAUCAACCAUCCUGGGAAGUGCAUAGGGGGACCUGGAGACCAGGACGAUGUCCUUUUGCUUCUGUUUGUGAAAUCCUCACCGGAGAACUUCGAACGGCGUCAGGCCAUCCGGAACACGUGGGGCAAUGAGAGCUUCGCCUGGUCGGAGCUCGGGGUGGACGUGAGGCUGCUGUUCGCAAUGGGAGUUUAUCCAGAUGUGAGCCAAAGGUCCCAAGUGCAGGAUGCCCUGAGGCAAGAAGACCAAGCCUACAGAGACCUGAUCCAGCAGAACUUUCUGGACACGUUUCACAACCUUACAGUCAAGCUGAUCAUGCAAUUUCACUGGAAGCAAAAGUACUGUCCUCAGGCACGUUUUCUCAUGACAGCGGAUGAUGACAUUUUUGUUCACAUGCCUAACUUGGUGAAGUACUUGCAGUAUCUCUUGAGGAGCCAGUCGGGGGCUAACGAUCUUUGGGUUGGCCACAUACACAAAGGGGCCCCUCCUGUUCGUCGUAAAAACAGCAAAUAUUAUGUUCCCUAUGAUCUGUACCCCUGGCCCUCAUACCCAGACUACACUUCUGGAGCUGGGUAUGUGGUUUCAGGGGAUGUGGCCUCAAAAAUCUACCAGGCCACCCUGGUGCUGAACUCUUCCUUGUACAUUGACGAUGUCUUCAUGGGUAUGUGCGCCAAGGCCAUGGGGCUCUCCCCCCAGGAGCAUGUGUACUUUUCAGGGGAGGGCAAAGCUCCAUACCACUCCUGCAUCUAUGACCGGAUGAUUACAUCACAUGGUCAUGCUGCAGACGUGCACUCACUGUGGCGGGAAGCAAUACACUCUACGGCAUCUGGAAACUCCAGAGGAUUUCUAGGAAACGUGUACUGCACCGCAGUGAGAGUGAUGAUUCUGUGUCGACCAUACUUCCAGAACACGUACUCCUGUGCAGCUGCUUUUACAUAAAUAACUGUUCGGUCGACUGAUGAACAUUUCCUGUUCAAAACCAAAAAUAAAAACAAGCAGGGCCUCUUUGUGUAAAAUAGCUAAUUGUGUCUAUGUGCCCUUGUGCAAUAAAGACCAGUGUUCUGUUGAACAAACUGUUGUUUGGAGUCAACUGAACUAUCAUCUUUCACUCUGUUUGACCUGUACUCCAGGCUUUGUUUACAUGAAGACGUAUCAGGUCUUGAUGAGAUUCUUCUCCUUUUAACCUGCUAUAGAGCAGGGGUUCACAAACUUGAUGUUAAAAUUUGAUUUUAAGAAAAGGCCGAAGUUCCAGAACAUUUUGUGUAAAAGUAAUGACAAAUGCAUGGUUCUGUUUGCCUACACUUGUUGUGAACCCAAGCUGCUCAGACUUUUUACAGUAAGCUUGAUAUUGUGUAUUUUUGUUUACAAUUUAAACCAACCCUAUUUUCUGGACUAUAAGUUGAUCCAGACUAAAAGUUGCAUCAGUCAAAAUUGCGUCAAGAAAAGGAAAAACAUAUAUACAGUAAGUCGCAUUUAUUUAAAAUUUUAUUUCACAAAGUCUAAGAACAAAUACUUCAUCUGGAAUAACACAAGAACACACAGAACAUAUUUGGUAUGCUGAAUAGACUUAAUUAACGUAACAAGCCAGCAAGUCAAGGUUACUGCCUGGUAGGCUAAUUUCACCAAUAUCACGCAACUAGCUUUCUUGCAGUAAGAGUAACCUCAGCUUUUCUCCACUCCCUCACAAGCAAAAUAUAGGGGUCUUUGAGUUGGGGUCGGUGGUUAAUAUUAGGCAUCAUGGUUCAUGGUUAAUUUUUAGGUAGGGGGGUCAGGGCGAAUAUUGGAGGUAAUUUUAAGGUUUGGGACAUGUAGUUGACAUGAAUUUCCUACACUUUCUAAAAAUCAUUAAUUUUAGGGUUCAGGGUUGAUGGUUAAUUAUAGGUACUAGGGUCAGGGACAUGAUGUCUAGAGCGAAUAAAGGUACUUUUAAGCUUUGGGUUGGUUAGUUUUUGUGCAUUUUCUACACUUUCUGAAAUUAUGACAGUGGAUUCCACCCCAUCUUGUCAAUAACUGACCCUAGGGGCGUACCAGACAUGUCAAAACCAGAAGCAGAGGGAAAGUUGGAAAAGUAUCAAUAUGUGAUGAGUUGGAAGUGAGAAUGGGCUGGAUUUUUGUGUUUACGUAGAAUUAAAUGUAUUUGUUUUCAUGUAAGAUUAAAUAUAUAUAUAUAAAUAAACUGAACUUAAAGGCAA